AUGGAACCCGUACCCGACCACUUCGUACCCGCACCCAACCUUUGGGUCGGGUUGACGGCAUAUUCCAUUCAUUUUUUAGCUGCAGAGAAAUUUAGCACUGUUAAAGAUAUUGCAAAUGUUUUAAACAAGACGACAUCGAACAAUAGUCCAUCACAAAAUACAGCAGUUCGUGAUUUAUUGAAUGAAAUAAAACUAGCAGAUUUAACGGCGGCAGCUGAAGUUAACGUAUCAGAACAAACGAAUGCUCUCAAAAUGAUUUUUAUUGCGUCAAGUUCAAUGAAAGACAAUUUUCAAAAAUACGGACAAGUGGUUUUUUUCGAUACAACUUACAAGCUAAAGUUAGAAAAUUUCUGUUUAUAUGUUUUUCUAAUUCAAGACAUUCGUGGAACCGGUUAG